AUAUAUUACUCCAUUCAGUGAUUCGAUAUACACAUGGACAGAAAUGCUAUUAUAAUAAACGGCAUUCAGCUGUGCGAAUUCUGACGUAUUUUGUCAACGAAUAAUGUUAGUGCUGUUAUUGUGCAUCAUCAUGAAGAUAGCAGAGUUUUCCGUGGGCCGAAUGUGCUCACCACCGCUGACGUGGCCAUUGCCUCCUACUUGCAACAGGCAGUGUAAACGAUGCAAGCAACACAGGAGUUCUAUACCCAGGCAUAAGCACUGUUGGCAAUCCUGCGAAGAUAAAUGUAUCUCGCGAAAACUUGCACAAGAAGGCACAGCAAUAAUGGAAGAGCCACAAACUCCAGGGUCUGAUUGUAACUCUAAUCCAGCAACUGAUUCCAUCCAACAGGAUUUGGUUGGCUCGGAAUUUGUUCAGGAUAAUGUUGAAUAUCAAUGGUUUAUCGAUUAUGGAUAUAGAGAUGGUGGAGGACUACAUAUCCAUCCUAGUGUUAUUUCAUCACUUUCUGUGUCUUACUCCUCUAAGGAUCUAGGUUAUUAUGAUGAUCUUGCUCGUAAUUUGGACGCUAAUCUGGCAGAAAUUGAUAUGGAGAGUUUUCGAACAGCAGACAUACAUACUUUGCUUACAGCUCUACCUGUCAUGUGUACAGAACCAGCUCAACAUUCUGAAUUUAACUAUCAAAGGGAACAAUAUGCCAGUAUAUCUGGAUCUGUCAUGGAAAAGCUUGACGUUGGUUCUUCUAUCAGUCCACAUACUAGUAGCCAGGGAGAGGAUUCCGCAUGUUCUACCACUGAUACAAUAUCCAUAUGCAAGUCGUCGUUGCUAUUUUCCCCAGUAAAGGAAACAUCAAUGCUACCAUCAGGUGGUAGUUACAGCGUGGAUUCACUGGACUGCGAAGACAUGUUGCUUACUUGUCAAACAAAUAAUAAAAAUAAUUAUACUAUCGCUUUUGAGGGUAGCAUUACUAUGUAUUCGGAUGGAUCCCAAGAUUUUGAAAGUCAUGAUAAACAUAAAACGUAUGAAUCAUCAGAUGUAUUCUAUGAUAAACAGAAAGAUAUGAAAACUAUAUUGGACUUAUCAAUGGCAUGCUCAGACUCAAAGAUAUACACGACAUGGAGUAAUUUGAAACAUUCCUCCAUGAAUAAAGCAAUAACUCGACAUCCUUCUGGUAACAAUAACAUGAUACCAGAUAUCGCACAGAAUGCUGUUAAUUUGACACUUGGUGGAAUGAGUAAACGAAGUCGAAGUUUACCGGAUUUUUCUCGCAUUCAAAAGUUUCAGCAUGCUAAUAUACCCGUUAACUUCCACGUUGAUUCCACCGAAUCAAACAAUCAUAUGCAAAGACUGCAUAAUUCUGGAUCUGUAAAUUGUUCGACAAAUGCGGAAAGCUUCGACAAUGCGGAGAAUGCUGGUACGAAAAAACUACAAAAUUUAAGCCUUGUCAGGCUCUUCAUGAAGCAAAAAAGCAUGAGUGUGGAAGGAAUGAGUUUUACUUUAGAUCAGUCAGAUUCCGCUAGCUGCAACAAUGAUAGUAACGACAGCGCAACCAAUACGAAUACUCAAAUACAACGGCAAGAUAAUGUUUGUGAUCAUCGCGUGUCUGAAAAUGAUUUUUCUAUCAAUUGGAUCAGACGCGAUAUCACUAAUAAUCGUGAUAUGGAAAACCAGAAAGAAAUUUUGAACACUCUAAAAUGUGCAUCGCGGUGCAAAAAUGAUAAAAUUGAAAUGAUGUCAUCCACAUCAAUCGAAGAGUUUUCGGAAAGUACAUCCAAAUCAGCCUGCACAAGUGGUCAACAAAGUAUUGAUAUAAUUAACGAGUCUUCUGAACAUCAACAGAACAUCGGUUUAAUUGACAAAAAGCAACCGAUACUUCGAACAACGGGUAUACAAGCAAACGCAGACAUGGAAGACAAUGCUAUUCAAACCUCCUUAAUUUUCACCACAGUCAAGGAUAAAAAUGAACCAUUUUUGCAAGAAACAAUAGUAAAUAAGAAACCAGUUUAUAUUGUGUAUCCUAAUUACACAUUACCUGAUUUGUCGUUUCUUAAACUUAAGGAUAUUGAAAUCAAUAAUUUAGCAUUGAAGCCACACACAUUCGACAAAAACAACAUGGAAUGGAAACGUACCAUUCAUUCGAGUAAGCCAUUUUCAUGCAACGAUAUUGACGCGUUGCGACAACGUGGGUUCGCACAUAUAAAGGAUUGGGAGUCGUUGACGUUUCUCUUGCCAUAUGAAUACAAAAAGAUCUUGCACGAUGUACCAGAAGUAUCAAAGUAUAUUAAUAUCAACGAAGAAGUUAAGCGACCCUUGUUCUGUUUAUCUCCUCCAAUGCGUCACAAAAUUGGACCUAUCAGCGAAAUUGUACCGACUAAUACUUCGUCAACGAGCAGUACCGCGACGCAACCAUCUUCCGGAUAUAGAGGAUCAUCGACGAUUUUAACCGAUUCUUCGACAAAUCAGCCACCGUUAUUGAACAACGCAGUCAAUCCAUUGUAUUUAUAUCGAUAUGAUAGUAUUAGUUCAGAAACUAGUCUGGUGAAUAAUGACAAGAAGAUGCAUAUGCUCAAUCAAACGAGACAAACUUGCCCAUCUCUUCCGAAGCGAUCAGCAUCGUUGUUGCAGGGUGAAGGCGAACCUGGUUUUAAUAACGGUAGAGUACCACCACGACCGCCGUUGCCUAGAAGUAUUUUACGGAAAAAUAAAAUGCUUGCGAAUAAACGAUAUAGCAUGUUUGAGAUGGGUGAUGUAGGCGAGCAAUCGGAGGAACUAUCCACAGAGGUAAACAAGAGGAUGUCUUUACAAGAGCCAUACUAUAUGAACAAUGAUUUACAAUUAUUAUACUGCGGAAGAGCGAUAGAUUCCGAGAAGGAUGUCGACGAGACAGAAGCGGAGAGAUGUUUUAAAGAGAAAUUAAAUGAGAUUACAAAUAAUACGAACAUGGAAUCGGAAAUUUCUCAGCAUAAUGAUGAUGAUAUCAAGCAAUUGGAAGAAUAUCUAAAACAUAGUGCAAUUUCGUCACAAAGCGAGGGAGAUAUCGACAAUGCUGAAGUUAAAGUGAGAUCGCAUGUAAGGAAAUUUUUAGCUUUGAAAAUGAAUAAAGAUCCACUCGUUAGAGAUGUCGACGUAGGAGAAUCACAGAGAAAAACUGUCAGUUUUGCCGUAAACCAAAAAAAAAAGCAUCUAGAUGCAGAGCUAAAUAAUUUCAAUAUUGUAAAUGAUCAAAACCAGGAUCAAGCUGUUGAAAAUAAAUUGGUAGAAUUUGAGGAAAAGAGAAAAAUGGUAUCGUCUGUAAAUAGAGCAGUAGAUCUUUUAUUAAAAUAUUGGAAUGCCGAUUCUAAUCACAGUCGUCCCAAUUAUAACGAAAGAAAUGAGUGUGCACAAAUCUGUUUGAGUACCUUGUGUCCAGCUUUAUACACUAUAAUGUCAGAUGGUUUAAAACCCUAUUUAAACUCCACAUUUGGACCAAUUACUAAUAGUGUUUGGCAGAUUGUGGAAGCUAGUUCUCAACAAGGACCUCUUACGAAAACCUUGAAUGAAUUGGUACAAAAAAUUAAUGGUGAAGAUAUUAUUACAGAAGGAAUGUUAAAAUUUCAUGCAUUUGUAUUUGGUUUGUUGAAUCUAAGAGCUCUAGAUGCGUGGUUUGCAUAUCUAUGUACACGUGAAUCAAUUCUACGGAAACAUUACACUAACAAUAGUUUAUUCGUUGCGGCUUUAGUGAAUGCUAAUGUCCGAGAAAUUGUCGAUUCAUUGUUAUAUAUUUUAAAUCCACUUGCAUUUUGUCCAUUCCAUUUGGAUCUUCUUUAUCAAUAUCGUCAAUUGCAGAAUAGUUUUGGAAAUAUGAAUAAUUAUACCAUGAAUGCCAUGAGCUUUAGAAAUGCCGAUUUAACUUCGAAAGACUUCAAGGAUGAGAAACCGGAAUUCUGCGGAAUGGCUUUCAGUCCGAAAAAAACACGGCCAAAGUCUCGCAUUGCUUACAACAUAGAUGACAAAUAUGUUGCGCAUAAAGAUGACUUUCAGAACCCAAAAAAGCAUUUCAGCGCCUUAAGUCCGAAAACAUUUUACACAUUAGAUAAAUUUACUUCCGAAGAUUCUGAAGAUUAUACAGACAGCCUGGAACAUUCUUCUCUAAACAGAAAAGCAAACAAGCAGUUACAACAACCGAAGCUAUUAAAUCCCGAUUUUAAACCAAGUGACGAUGAUGUUCUUUCUAACGAAACAAAAUUCAAAAAACUUCAGGAAAAAUGGGAAUUCAUGAUUGGCAAGGAAGGCAAUAAGAUUCAAUCUGCAGUAACAACUCCUUCAUCGCCAGUUCGAACUUUUGGAGUAUUAGGGAAGUCGAAGAUACCUAGAUUGCUUACAUCACCAAUAAAACAGUUUAAUAUUGCGGCAAAUGUUCCUGCGAAACUUAAGUCACCCAUAUCAGGAAUCCCUUCGUUAAAGAAACCCACUACACUUCCUACAACGAAAACGACACCAAAGAGAUCUAUGGACACGAAAACGAAAAACACGACGCGACGUACCAGUCGCGUUGAUCAGGACAUCUUAGGCGUCACGCGAACUGCACGUCCAAGUUCGUUACCCUACAAAUCACAUGGAAUAACAAAUGAUAAGAAUGUAAUAUCGCCUCACAGACGAGCUGCUUCGACCUCUUUACCGCGUCCAGCCUUCACCGCCAUUUCGAAAACGCCAGCUCCAAAAUCUUCACAUAAAGAAGUUCGCACUCUCACUCACAGGAUACCAUCGGAUACUGGUCAGCUCUCGUUUGCAGAAGGGGAGAAAUUGAAAGUAAUAUUAGAGGUGGAUAAUAAAUGGUUGCUAUGUAUGAAAGGCGAUCGAAGAGGUUUGGUGCCACGAGCAUGUGUGCGCAGCAUUCAAACUUAGGUCCUCUUCUCAAUAACAUUUCACUAUCAUAAUCAUAACCAUGGACUGGCUCAACACUCGCAAUGUCAUUCUUGAAGCAAAGUAAAAAUAACAGAGAAAGUUGCGAGAGCAAGUUGAAAAGUUCAAAUUAAUUUCUGCACGAUAUAACAGUGAUGUACAGUGUAUUAAAUUUUAAGCUAUACAGUCAUAUAAAUUAUCACGCGCUUGUAAAGUUAUUUUUAAUCGAGAUUUAACCAAGAUUACUUCGUUUCUAUCGAAAUGUAUUAUUAGAUUAAUAGUAUUAUUGUUAGCAACGCUAUCGAGAACAUCAGGAUAUUAUAUGAUAUUACAUGUCAUAGAUUCGAAUAUUAUAUUUAGUUUAUAGAUGAAUAUCUAUAUUUAGAUUCAUUUAUUUCAACAUGUGCGCGAAUAAAAUGGCUCAACAUGUGCUCGACGAGUAAAAAGCCAUAACAAGAGAUGUAUAAUAACUUACACAUAUUAUGAAUGUAACUGUGAUUCUAGUAAAUAGGCAAUUAAGUUUAUUAGUAUAUACACGUGAUAUAUACUUUAUUUUGAUGUUUAUAUACUGUGACUUUAAUAAUUUAUUUAUGUCUAUAUUUUGCGCAUCACGUAUCAUCAAUUCAUCCUGAUUUUAUUCGAUGUACGAAUCGUCAUGGCAUGUAUCUUUACGAUGGCAGUGAUCACAUUUUUUACAUGCUUCGUGUAUUUCUUGGUAUGUAAGACAUAAUAUAAACAAAUAAAAAAUCU